ACCAUGAAGGUCUUCAUCGUUUUGGUUCUGGCUCUGGCCUCCGUGUCCGCUGGUCUCCUGCCUCAGGAACUGCCAGUGCAUCCUCGUGAUAGGAUGACAAAGCCAUCCAUCAGUGGUCGCAUUACCAAUGGAAAGGAUGCAGUGGAGGAUCAGUUCCCCUACCAGGUGGGACUCAGCUUCCUCGGUUUGAAGGGCAGCUGGUGGUGUGGUGGCUCCAUCAUCGACAACUCCUGGGUUCUGACCGCUGCCCACUGCACCAGCGGUGCCACCUAUGUGACCAUCUACUAUGGAGCUACCGUGCGCACUAGCCCCCAGUUCACCCAGACAGUCUCCAGCUCCAACUGGAUCCAGCAUGCCGACUAUUAUUCGAAGACUGUGCGCAACGACAUUUCCCUGAUCAAGACUUCAGCCGUGACCUUUUCGUCCUCCGUCAACAAGAUCGCCCUGCCCGCCAUCGCCAGUAGUUACUCCACCUACGUUGGACAGACCGCCGUUGCUUCCGGUUGGGGAAUGACCGCGGAUACCGAGACCUCUGUUACCAAGAACUUGCAGUUCGCUGAUCUGACUGUUAUUGCCAACUCUGUUUGUCAGAAGACCUUUGGAAGCUUGGUGGUCACCAGCAAGGUUAUUUGCGUCGCCACCCCGAAUGCCAUUUCCACCUGCCAGGGAGACUCCGGCGGUCCUUUGGCUCUGGAUGGUACCCUGAUUGGUAUUACUUCCUUUGGAGCUGAGGACGGUUGCGAGAUUGGCGCCCCAGCUGCCUUCACUCGCGUGACCAGCUACUUGGAUUGGAUCCAGACCAACUCUGGCAUUUCCGCUUAG